AUGCCAAUCAGCUACGUUCUUCCUAUCUUCCAGCAACAGCUACUCUCGAUCCUAUCUUCUCUACUGGAGAUUUUUCUCGACACAUUUGAAUUAGCUCGAAGGCCAAAGUGUCCAGAGCUGAUGAAUGAACCAGUAAUUUCCGAAAGUUGCGCACCUAGACGAUGGCCUGAUCGAAUACGAAGAAUUUAUCUGUUCUACCACACCCCAGAACAAGUUUACGUUGGUUUGGCGUUGGGUACCGCAACAGGACUACUGUGGUUUUUCUUUGUCCAUUUCAUACUGACACCACACUUUCUAAGCAUCUGUGAUUCAUCCUUCGGUCAAUUGCUGAUGCUCCAAGAUUUUACUCACAUUCCUAACGUGCUUUCUUACGAGUACACAAACUGGCGUGACUGGCGUCGUCGUUCAGCCGUAGCACCCUUUCGGUGCCUAGCUGCCGUGCCACCAGAAGGUUGCACGAGGGCUGGGAUACUGCCAGGUUGCCCAAGCCUAGACAGGGGAAGUCGAGAGGCAGGGGUCGGGUUCGAACCGCGGACCUUCCAGUCAGUAAAUUCGCGCUCUAACCACUUGGGCCGUCUCACCCCCCUCUCCGAGUGCAACGUCAUGCGUGCAAUCUUUUGA